ACUUAUCUUUUUACUCUGACACUUCGAAAUAAUUACUAGGUACGCAGGAUCAGGCUGACUAACUUAAACUCUCACAUAUCUUGCCUGAUAGUGGCUUUGAUAUUUGCUUGAGUUUGCCAUACAAUGGCACACUAUUAAUGCUCAAAUCUAUCCUUUUCGACAUGCCAAUGGUAUCUGCAAUAUAGAAGCAUCUCCAAAGCUUCCAACCUGCCAUUAUGGUCGCGCUCCCUCUAUUUAAACUAGGAUCCCUCUUCGUGAGGCACAUCUCUAAGUAUGGUGCAGUAUGUAUCAAGCUGGAAAUACAUUUCGAGAAUAUUUUGGGAAUGCAAGCUAAUGCCCCGUAGAAUUGGAUUAAGAGGCAGGCUCACGAGCACGAGAGAUUCCGAGCGAUAGCCGCCAGAGGAGGACAAGCCCUGCAUCAAUGGAACAUGCGAAUACAAGUAAACCUUCUACGGGACAAACAAGCCGAAAAAAGAGCCAGGGAAAAGGCGGAAACUCCCACUGUGAAAACUGAAGAGCAAACUAAAGCCGAAGAGGCUGCAAAAAAAGCACAUCAUUACAGUCAAGAAAACAUCAGCGUUUGGAGACGGAAAUUCAGACCUUUGAAUGAGACGAAGGCCGUGGACCUUUUCGCCGAUGUUAUUGGCGAUACCUUCAUUCUGUCUGUCGCUAUAAGCUUGUUAAUGUACGAGUAUAUAAGGACUCAGUCGAAACCCGAUUCGAACGCAGAAAAGCUGGCAGAGCUACAGAAACUCGAAGAAGAGUUAAAUUUACGACAGAAAGAGUUAGAAGAAGCACAGAAAAAGCAGCAGGAGCGGGUAGAAGCACUGGAACAACUUUUGGAGGAAAUUCGAAGUGCAAAUGGAAAGAAAAAGCUGGCAUGGAGAUCUUGAAUCUUGGAUUGUUAUGCAGAACAUCACAAAUAAACCUGCGUGAAGAACUUGAUCCCAUUGUCGAUAGAAGGUGGAAACACCUUUAAAUAUAUCGGUUGUCCGUUCGGCAGAAAUGCGUGAAUGGAGUUGGGCAUGAAGGUCCUCUUUAGCCCCGCUGGCUUUCUAUCGAGAGGAGAAGCAUACUCGUUGAGUAUACGGUACCACCAAUGGGGCCGGAGUUUGAAGACCUCGAAGGGUGAGCGGUGAAAUUUGAAGGGGAAGGAAGUAGAAGUUUCCCCAGGAUGUCAAGCUCGUCUGAUCUACGCCGGGUGGUAUGGGAAGGACUGGACAUUCCUGGAUCUUUUAGAUAUACAAAUUCAACUCAUCGAAUGUGAAACAUGUGAACAAUUACCAUUUUUAAUACAU